AGAGAGAGGGGGAGAGACAUAGAGAGUUUGACCAUUCCCAUCCUCAGGAAUGCAUCCGCUCCUCCAACUUACCAGCGCAAAAACCAACGCUCAGCUGCAUGCGCAUGAGUAGUCUCCAAAGGUUACGAUGCGCAUCUACUCCUAGCAGCUGCAGGCGAAGGCUUUCACUAACUUUUUCUCCUGUGCGCUGUUUUUUUUCUGCUCAGAAGGCUUAUUCAGCUGUUACCUGUUUAUUGGAGUAAAGCAGUCCUGAGUUGAGUCCCAGGCGAAUCUCCUUCUUUGGAGACAAGCUUUGACUCCAGGCUGCGAAGGUCCGUCAUUGCUGGGAAACCAGUAGUUUAAAAAAAAUCCUUAUUUCAGCGAGCACUGGAGUUGCGCUCUUUGGAGAGGACAUGCCGGGGAGAAAGCGCGCAGGACGGCUGCUGCAGUUGGCCGUCGCUCUUUUGGCCUCGCUGUCGCUUUUUGGCAGACUCACAGGCGCUGCAGAGGAGGUGGACAACGAGGACAGCCAGCCGGUGACCAGACUCAUGGACACAAGAGUCAAUAGGGCCAAGAGGAGAGGGGGGACAGAUGCCCUCAGAGGACCAAAUGUGUGUGGCUCCAGAAGCAAUACCUAUUGCUGCCCAGGAUGGAAAACUCUUACAGGAGGAAACCAGUGCAUUGUUCCAAUCUGCAGGAGUUCAUGUGGAGAUGGUUUCUGCUCCAGACCCAACAUGUGCACCUGUCCCAAUGGACAGAUUGCUACAACCUGUGGAUCCAAGUCAGUCCAGCACUGUAACAUUCGGUGUAUGAACGGGGGAACGUGCGCAGAGGACAGCUGUCAGUGUCAGAAGGGCUACGUCGGAAACCACUGUGGUCAACCGGUUUGUGAAAAUGGCUGUUUGAACGGAGGACGGUGUGUGGCCCCCAACAGAUGUGUUUGCACGUAUGGCUUCACCGGGGCUCAGUGUGAGAGAGACUACCGUACUGGGCCUUGCUUUGCCUCCGUGAAUAACCAGAUGUGCCAAGGACAGCUCACUGGAAUUGUCUGCACGAAAACCUUGUGCUGUGCCACAGUAGGACGGGCGUGGGGUCACCCUUGUGAGAUGUGCCCCGCUCAGCCUCACCCCUGUCGAAGAGGGUUUAUACCAAACCACCGCACUGGCGCUUGCCAAGAUGUGGAUGAAUGUCAGGCCAUCCCUGGGAUCUGUCAAGGUGGCAACUGCAUCAACACAGUGGGCUCCUUUGAAUGUAAAUGCCCCGCUGGGCACAAAUUCAAUGAGAUUUCGCAGAAAUGCGACGAUCUGGAUGAGUGUUCAAACAUUCCAGGUCUCUGUGGCGUGGGUGAAUGUUAUAACACCGUUGGCAGCUACUUCUGUAAGUGUCCUCAGGGAUAUUACACCUCUGUUGAUGGAUCCAGGUGUUUAGAUGCUCGCAGUGGAUACUGCUAUGGAAGCCUGCUGAAUGGACGCUGUGCCAACCAAAACUCACAACCUUUGACUAAAAUGCAGUGCUGCUGUGACAGUGGACGCUGCUGGUCUGAAGGCUCAACGCCGGAGAUGUGCCCCAUUCGUGGAACAGAGGAGUACCAGAGACUUUGCAUCCAGAUAACUGAUGCUAACAAUGGAGUGGUAAUUCCUGGGGUUGUACCGGGGCCUCAUGACACACCUGGCAUCUACCCAAUUACAAUACCCGGCCAAGGACCUGGAGAUUUUCCUGGGCAAGGUCCUGGUCAGUUCCCAGAUCAAAGACCGAUUGUGAUUCCAGGGCAAUUUCCAGUACCAUAUCCUGGACAAAUACCCGUACUGCCUAACCCAUCAGGUCCCAAUAUAAUCCAGACACAGAAUAUCACAAACAUUUGCCAGGCCGUCCGCAACCUCUGCCUAAAUGGCCGGUGUAUUCCCUCAACGGGCAGUGGAUAUCGCUGUGAGUGCAACAUGGGAUUCAAGCUGGAUGCCAGGGGAGAAUGUAUCGAUGACGACGAAUGUGAUAGAAGUCCUUGUGUACAUGGAGAAUGUAUGAACACCCCUGGUUCUUACAUCUGUCAGUGUCCUCCUGGAUUUCAGACAACAGCGACUCGGACAGAAUGUCGAGAUCUGGAUGAAUGUGUGGCCAAUGGGCGGAUCUGCAAUAACGGGCGCUGUGUGAACACUGAAGGCAGCUUCCACUGUGUCUGCAACGCCGGAUUCGAGAUAUCACCGGAUGGCAAAAAUUGCCAAGACCAAGACGAGUGUCUGAUCAGAAACAUGUGCCUCAAUGGACUCUGCAUCAAUGAUGACGGCAGCUUCAAAUGCAUCUGCAAGCCCGGGUUCCUGCUGGACUCCAGCGGACGCAUGUGUGUAGAUAUUGAUGAGUGUGAAACUCCAGGCAUGUGCAUGAACGGGCACUGCAUCAACACGGAGGGUUCAUUCCGCUGUGAGUGCAUGGCUGGGAUGGCGGUGGGCUUGGAUGGACGAGUAUGCGUUGACACACAUAUGCGCAGUUCUUGUUACGGUGGCUACAAUCGAGGGCAGUGUGUUCGGCCUUUAUUUGGAGCCGUGACCAAGUCAGAGUGCUGCUGUGCCAGCACCAUGUACGCCUAUGGAGAGCCCUGCCAACCCUGCCCACCGGAAAGCUCUGCUGAGUUUCUGGCUCUGUGUCCCAGUGGCACCGGCAUAACAGGUGAUGGGAGAGAUAUAAAUGAAUGUGCCCUGGACCCUGAUAUCUGUCAGAAUGGAGUCUGUGAGAACAUGCUUAGGACUUACAAAUGUGCCUGCAAUGAAGGCUAUGAAGUGGACCUUACAGGGAAAAAUUGUGUUGAUAUUGAUGAGUGUCUAAUGAACAGGCUGCUUUGCGACAAUGGCCUGUGCAGGAACACUCCCGGGAGUUUCACCUGUCAGUGUCCGAAGGGAUUUCGUUUUGACCCCGAAACAGAUGUCUGCGAGGAUGUGGAUGAAUGUGAGUCCAGCCCCUGCAUCAAUGGAGAUUGCAGAAACAGCCAAGGGUCUUUUGUUUGUAUAUGUUCAGUGGGCAGUAAGCUGGACAGCACUGGACUGGAGUGCAUUGAGACAACUAAGAGCACCUGCUGGCUGAAGAUCGUUAACGGUCGCUGCGAGGUCAACAUCAAUGGAGCUACCCUCAAGUCUCAUUGCUGUGCCACUCUGGGAGAAGCCUGGAACAGCCCAUGUUCUAAAUGUGAAAAAGAUCCGAUCUGUGAUAAAGGCUUUGCCAGAGUCAGAGGAAAUAAAUGUGAAGAUGUGGACGAAUGCCAGGUGUUUCCGGGUGUGUGCAUUAAUGGAAAGUGCAUCAACACACAGGGCUCCUUUUUCUGCCAGUGUCCUCCAGGAAUGACUGCUGAUAUCAGUGGAAGGAUGUGCAUCGACCUGCGUACAGAGCAUUGUUAUCUCACUCAUGAUGAUGAGCGCUGUGGAACGCCAAUAUCUGGGAAGCACAGGGUGGAUGCCUGCUGCUGCUCAGUUGGUGUUGCCUGGGGUCCUGAAUGCGAUGAAUGUCCAGAACAGGGCACACCAGAAUUUAACCAGCUAUGCCCCCGGGGCCCAGGCUUCGCCCACAGAGGGGACCUCAUGAAUGGCAGACCAUUCCUCAAAGACAUAAACGAAUGCAGGAUGAUAAACACCCUAUGCUCCAAUGGGAGGUGCAGGAACACCAUUGGUAGCUUCCGCUGUCGCUGUGAUAACGGGUAUGCUCUGGACUCAGAUGAGAGGAAUUGUACUGACAUCGAUGAGUGCCGAAUAUCUCCGGAUCUUUGUGGUCAGGGCAGAUGUGUUAACACACCAGGAGAUUUUGAGUGCGAAUGCUUCGAGGGUUAUGAGAGUGGCUUCAUGAUGAUGAAAAACUGCAUGGAUAUUGAUGAAUGUGAGAGGAACCCUCUCCUGUGCCGUGGAGGUGAAUGUGUAAACACUGAGGGCAGCUUCCAGUGCAUCUGCCCCCAGGGACAUGAGAUCGCUCCUGAUGGCUCAGCAUGUCUAGAUAUAAAUGAAUGCGAGUUAAGUGACAGGUUAUGCAGGAACGGCCAGUGCGUCAAUAUGAUCGGCCGCUACCAGUGCACCUGCAACACGGGCUACAAAUCCAGUGAGGACAGGCUGGACUGUGUCGACAUUGACGAGUGUACAAUUGAAAAUGGAGGCUGUGAGACUUUCUGCACAAACUCAGAGGGCAGCUAUGAGUGCAGCUGCAACAGCGGCUAUGCACUCAUGCCUGAUCUAAGAACCUGCACUGAUAUCGAUGAGUGUGAGGAGAGCCCUGAGGUGUGUGAUGGGGGCCAGUGCACCAAUACCCCUGGGACCUUCCAGUGCCUGUGCUUUGAUGGCUUUAUGUCAUCGGAGGAUAUGAAGACCUGUCUGGAUGUGGAUGAGUGCGAGCUGAACCCAAACAUCUGUCUGAGUGGAAACUGCGAGAACACCAAAGGCUCGUUCAUUUGUCACUGCGAUCUGGGAUAUUCCGUACGCAAGGGUACUACUGGUUGCACAGAUAUCAACGAGUGUGAGAUUGGAGCCCACAACUGCGACCGACAUGCGACAUGCACCAACACAGCAGGCAGCUUCAAAUGCAACUGUGCUCCAGGGUGGAUUGGGAACGGCAUAAAGUGCACAGAUCUGGAUGAGUGCUCAAAUGGGACACACAUGUGCAACAGCAAUGCCGACUGUCUCAACACCAUGGGCUCAUAUCGCUGCGCGUGCAAGGAGGGCUUCUCAGGAGAUGGAUUCUACUGCUCAGACAGCGAUGAGUGUGCAGAGAACAGCAACCUUUGUGAAAGUGGCCACUGCCUGAAUCUCCCCGGAGGCUAUCGAUGUGAUUGCGACAUGGGUUUUAUUGCCACUGCUGAUGGGAAGGCCUGUGAGGACAUAGAUGAAUGUACCUUUGAGGACAUCUGUAUCAAUGGACGCUGCCAGAAUAUGCCAGGACUAUUUAGAUGUCAGUGCAACAUUGGCUUUGAGCUGGACAGGAGUGGAGUUAACUGUACAGAUAUUAAUGAAUGUGCAGAUCGGGCUAUUUGUUUGAGUGGAAUCUGCGUUAAUACCUUUGGAAGCUACAUCUGUAACUGCCCACCUGACUUUGAGCUGAACCCCACUCGGGUGGGCUGUGUAGACACUCGUACGGGAGUCUGCUACCGGGAUGUUCGUUCCCGAGGAGACGCAUCUGAGAGUUUGGACUGCUCCAAUGAGAUUGGAGUUGGAGUUUCCAAGGCAUCCUGCUGCUGCUCCGACGGCCAGGGCUGGGGUAGUCCAUGUGAAUUAUGCCCGCCUGCAAAUUCAAGUGAGUACAAGACGCUGUGUCCUGGAGGAGAAGGCUUCAGACCAAACCCUAUCACAGUCAUCCUAGAAGACAUCAAUGAAUGUAAAGAACUGCCUGGUCUGUGUCAGGGGGGUACUUGCAUCAACACAUUUGGCAGUUUCCAGUGUGAAUGUCCAAGAGGUUUUGCAUUGAACUUGGAAACCAGAGUCUGCGAAGAUAUCGAUGAGUGCGAACAGACGGGAAUCUGCGGCCCCGGCCAGUGCUACAACACAAUCGGAAACUACACCUGCAUCUGCCCUGCGGACUACAUGCAGGUCAACGGUGGUCACAACUGCAUGGAUAUGAGAAAGAGCUACUGCUACAGGAACUUUUACUCAGACAACAGGACAUGUGAUGGAGAGCUGACCUUUAACAUGACGAAAAAGAUGUGCUGCUGCUCCUAUAACAUUGGCCGUGCUUGGAAUAAACCAUGUGAACAAUGCCCUGUUCCCAGCACUGCUGAGUUUGGGAUCCUCUGCGGCAGUGAGAGGCCAGGAUAUUAUAUAGACAUCACUACUGGGCGGGUUAUUGAUAUCGAUGAGUGCAGGGAAAUCCCAGGCGUGUGUGAGAACGGAGUCUGCAUCAACAUGAUUGGCAGCUUCAGAUGCGAGUGCCCCGUUGGCUUCGUCUACAACGACAAGCUGCUGAUUUGUGAAGAUAUUGAUGAGUGUCAGAAUGGACCGGUGUGCCAGCAGAACGCAGACUGCUUGAAUGUGCCUGGAAGCUUCCGCUGCGAUUGUAAACCUGGGUAUCGCUUAACCCCCACUGGACAAUGUAUGGAUCGUAACGAGUGCAUGGAGAACCCAGGCAUAUGUAAUCCUGGUCAGUGCAUUGACACUCUGGGAAGCUAUCGUUGCAUCUGCCACAAUGGAUAUAAAACAACCCGGGACCAGUCAAUGUGUGUCGACAUGGAUGAGUGUGAGAGGCAGCCCUGUGGCAACGGGACCUGCAAGAACACUGUGGGCUCCUACAACUGUCUGUGCUACCCUGGAUUUCAGAACUCGCACAACGGCGACUGCAUAGACAUCGAUGAAUGCUCCACGCAGAGAGGUCUGUGUCGCAACGGCCAGUGCAUAAACACUGUGGGAAGCUUCCUGUGUGUUUGCAAUGAUGGCUAUGAGCUUACAUUAGAUGGCCGACUCUGCACAGACAUCAAUGAAUGUGCAGUAAAUCCAGGCACCUGUGGAGCAGGAACCUGCCUGAAUAUGGACGGCACCUACAGGUGCAUUUGCCCGCCUGGCUACUAUCUCCAUGAGGAAACGUGUGAAGACAUCGAUGAGUGCUCCCAGUCUCCGGAGAUCUGCACGUUUGGAACCUGCUCCAACACCGAGGGAAGCUUCUCCUGUCAGUGCCCCGAUGGUUUCAAGCUUUCUGCGUCUGGACGCAGAUGUUUAGAUAUGCGUGUGAGCUACUGCUACACCAAGUUCGAAAAUGGACGCUGCCUCGCUCCGAAGCCUAUGAACACGUCAAAGGCAGAAUGCUGCUGCACCAUCAUGCCGGGACAAGGGUGGGGAAAUCCCUGUGAUAUCUGCCCCAGGAAAGACGAGGAUGCUUAUCGUGAUCUAUGUCCUAAUGAGGGAUAUAAGCUUGAUGCGAAUGAUUCAACAACAGAUAUCGAUGAAUGCCUCACUGAUCCGUGUACUAACGGUCAGUGUAUCAACACAGACGGGUCGUUCCGCUGUGAAUGUCCAAUGGGAUACAGGCUCGAUAUUACAGGAGUCACAUGUGAAGACAUGAACGAGUGUGAAAUUGGAAAUCCAUGCGGCAACGGCACAUGCACUAAUGUUGUCGGUGGGUUCGAGUGUGCGUGCGACGACGGCUUCGAGCCCGGGGCAAUGAUGACCUGUGAAGACAUCAACGAAUGUGCCCAGAAUCCUCUGCUGUGUGCGUUCCGCUGUGUUAACGUAGUGGGCUCGUAUGAGUGCAAAUGUCCCACAGGCUACGUACUACGAGAGGACAGGAGGAUGUGUAAAGACCACAACGAGUGUGAAGACGGUAUAGAUGACUGUGCCAGCAAGGGAAUGACCUGCAAGAACCUGAUCGGUACAUUCAUGUGCAUUUGUGCGCCCGGAUACACACGGCAGCCAAAUGGAGAUGGAUGCAUGGACCUCAACGAGUGUACAGCCAAACCAGGAAUCUGUAAGAACGGCCGCUGUGAGAACACGAUUGGGAGCUACCGCUGCAGAUGUGACCAGGGAUUCGUCGCUAACCCAACGCAAACUGAAUGUAUUGAUUACCGCGAAGGCUUCUGUUUCACAGAAGUUUUGACCACCCUAUGUCAGAUGAGCUCCAGCAACAGGAACAUGGUGACCAAGUCAGAGUGCUGCUGUGAUGGAGGCCGAGGCUGGGGAAGCACCUGCGAGCUGUGCCCCUUGCAGGGAACCACUCAGUACAAGAAGAUGUGUCCAUUGGGACCUGGGUACACCACUGAUGGGAGAGACAUCGAUGAAUGUCGUGUGAUGGGAAACCUUUGCAAGAACGGUCGUUGCAUCAACACCUUGGGUUCUUACAACUGCGUCUGCAAACAAGGAUACACCCCUGACAUCACCGGCACACAGUGUGUGGAUGUGGACGAAUGCAUACAGGCACCAAAGCCUUGUAACUUCAUCUGUAAGAACACAGAGGGAAGCUACCUCUGCUCCUGCCCCCGAGGAUACAUCCUGCAGGAGGACGGAAAGAGCUGCAGAGAUCUGGAUGAGUGCUCGACCAAACAGCAUAACUGUCAGUUCCUGUGUGUUAACACCAUCGGUGGCUUCACUUGCAAGUGUCCCCCUGGCUUCACCCAGCAUCACACAGCCUGCAUUGACAACAAUGAAUGUUCAUCCGACCCAAAUCUAUGCGGUUCCAAUGGGGUCUGCCAGAACACCCCGGGUAGCUUCAAUUGUGACUGCCAGCGGGGAUUCUCACUAGAUCCCAACGGACAAACUUGUGAAGACAUGGACGAGUGCGACGGAAGCCACAGAUGUCAGCAUGGCUGUCAGAACUUGGUGGGCGGAUACAGGUGCAGCUGUCCCCAAGGCUACCUGCAGCACUACCAGUGGAACCAGUGUGUUGAUGAGAAUGAGUGUCUAAACAGCCAGAUCUGCGGGGGAGCGUCAUGCCACAACACCCUGGGGAGCUUCCGCUGCCUGUGUCCCACUGGCUUCAACUAUGAGCAGUCCUCUGGAGGCUGCUCUGACAUCAACGAGUGCUCCACCACCCACAACCCAUGCAAGUUUGGCUGCUCAAACACAGACGGGGGCUACCUCUGUGGAUGCCCGCCAGGAUAUUACCGCGCUGGACAAGGGCACUGUGUUAAAGGUCUCGGCUUUACCAGUGUUAAUGGCGGACAGGGAGGGGAGGUGGAUGAUAACUCACUUUCCCCAGAAGCCUGUUAUGAGUGUAAGAUAAACGGGUACCCAAACAAAGGACGUAAACGCCGCAGUGUCAACUCAACACAUGAUGGCGCCCUGGAAGACAUGCAGCUCACUGAGGAUAAUGCAGUAAGCCUGGCCAGCAUGGACAUCGAAAACACGCUCCAGCUGCACCUGAACAUCAGCGACCUCACCAACCGCGACCACAUCCUCGAGUUUACCCCAGCCUUGUCCACACUCACUGACCACUUGCGCUACAGUAUAGACAACGGGAACGAAGAGAGUUUCUUCAAAAUCAACCAGAGGGAGGGCGUCAGCUACCUGCAUUUGAGUAAGAAAAGGGUCAUCCCGCCGGGGGCGUACGACCUUCAGAUCAGCAGCGUCCCUCUCUACAGGAAGAAGGAGCUGGCCGAGCUGGAGGACCAGCAUGAUAAAGACUACCUCACGGGACAGCUGGGAGACGUACUGAAGAUGAGGGUACAGCUCAUCCUCCAUUAACCGUCGCCAGACUGAGAGCGGCAGAUGUUGCUGGCAGCUGCUGAUCCAGCGUCAGGCUCACACUGCGCUAAAUUCAAAACAAUUGAGACUGUGGAUCAGUAGUAGGGGCAACUAGGGGCUCGCCACCAAAGAGACAAAGAGGGGGGUGGGUGGGGGUUUACAGCACCAUUUGAUCACCAAAGAUGAUUCUACAUAUCAUAGAUACAAAUUCUAUGAAGCGAAUAGCAGCAAAGUGAAGCUUGAUCGAUCUAAUGAAACCCAACUUCAGCUGCGUUUGAAGCUGUCGAGGGUGUGAAAGGUUGUGUUAAAUGUCAUAUGUGGAAUCAGAUACCACUUGGGCUGCGAAAAGUCAUUUUAUAAACUCAGUUUUGUUGAAAGAAUGGGUUUAGUCGCAAUAGUCUUGAUAUUAAUGUCCUUCCCUUGCAGAGUUAAAGAAUUUCUUCUUCCCACAUGCUGAAAGUGGUUGAAAAAGAAAAAAUGUAGGAGUGAAGGAACCCACUGUGGACUAUUGAGAUGCAACUACAUCAGAGCUUGAAUGAAUCCUACUGCCUAUUUAAACUCUUUCCAUCUUUCCUACUGAUCCAAUAAUCCAUAUCUACUGGUGCUAACACAUCUGCAUAGACUUCUGAAUGCACUGCACUACACUACAAAACCCUUAGUAGUCAUAUACGAUCCUAUCCUGUCGGUCAUUCUGAAGAUUUCGUGUCCUUGCCGCUGCAACAGCUAGCAUUGAAAGCCUGUCUGCUCUCUUCUGUGUAUGUAAAUUGUGUUUAUACUGUAAUAAUCAGUGCCACUUUUAAUCUAUGAAGCAUUUGUAAACUAGAGGAAGCCCCAGGAUUAGAAGGGGUCAUAAUGGUGCUUAUAAUGACCAACUACUUCCUUUUUAAACAGUUUAUACAGACAUGCAGUGUACACUCAUACACAUUUGAUGAUGCCAAACCUGGGCCUUCAUGAUUAUGCACUGAGGUCUCUGUGGCCACACGUCUCACAAGUUGAAUCAGUGCUGCAUUUUACAGACCAGCCUGUUCUCUGUUCACAUCAGUGAGGGUUUAGCUGUAAAUCCACACAAUAAAACAUACUUUUUUGUGUA